ACAGGCGCAGAAGCUCCUGCGUGUAGAAGCUGCGGCCCGGCGGGCGGGUAAAUAACAGAUGCGGGUAAAAGACCCAUCAAAAGAUCUACCUGAGAAAGGCAAAAGAAAUAAAAGACCACUGCUACCUCAUGAUGAAGAUUCUUCGGAUGACAUUGCUGUAGGUCUCACGUGCCAGCACAUCAGUUAUGCUGUCAGUGUGAACCAUGUGAAGAAGGCAGUAGCUGAGACUCUGUGGUCAGUUUGUUCAGAGUGUUUGAAAGAGAGGAGAUUCUCUGAUGGACAGCCAGCACUUCCUUCCGAUGUGUGGUUGUGCCUCAAGUGUGGCUUUCAGGGAUGCGGUAAAAACUCAGAAAGCCAGCAUUCGCUGAGACACUUCAAGAGCUUUGUGACGGAGUCCCAUUGUGUUGUCAUUAGCCUGAGUACAUGGGUCAUAUGGUGUUAUGAAUGUAAUGAAAAAUUAUCGACACAUUGCAACAAGAAAGUCUUGGCUCAGAUAGUUGAUUUUCUCCAGAAACAUGUUUUUAAAACACAAACAGGUGCAUUUUCUAGAAUCAUAAAACUUUGUGAAGAAAAGCGUGAAGCGGAUGAGAUAAAGAAGGGAAGGAAGGGCUGUGCUGUGCCAUCUGUCAAAGGGAUCACAAACUUAGGAAAUACUUGCUUUUUCAAUGCCGUCAUUCAGAACUUGGCUCAGACUUACAUUCUUUUUGAACUGAUGAAUGACAUAAAAGAAGAUGGCACCAAAUUCAAGAUUUCUCUUUCGUCAGCUCCACAGCUGGAGCCAUUAGUGGUGGAACUUUCAAGCCCUGGACCAUUGACUUCAGCCUUGUUCCUGUUUCUUCACAGCAUGAAGGAGGCUGAAAAAGGACCACUUUCUCCUAAAGUCCUUUUCAAUCAGCUCUGUCAGAAGGCUCCUCGAUUUAAAGGUUUCCAGCAACAGGACAGUCAGGAGCUUCUGCACCAUCUGUUGGAUGCAGUGAGGACAGAGGAGACAAAGAGGAUACAAGCUAGCAUUCUAAAAGCAUUCAACAACCCAACUACCAAGACUGCUGACGAUGAAACUAGAAAAAAAGUCAAAGCCUAUGGAAAGGAAGGAGUGAAGAUGAACUUCAUAGAUCGGAUCUUUAUUGGUGAACUAACUAGCACAGUCAUGUGUGAAGAAUGUGCAAAUAUCUCUACCAUGAAGGAUCCCUUCAUUGACAUUUCACUUCCUAUCAUAGAAGAAAGGGUUUCAAAACCUGUACUUUUGGGGAGAAUGAGUAAAUACAGAAGUUUACAGGAAACAGACCAAGAACAUAACAAAGGCACCGUUACUGUAGAUAAUACCCAUCAACCCAGAGCUGCCAAGAAGCAAUCCUCGCCUAAACAUAAGAAUCAACUAAGUCAUGACAGAAAACAUUUAAGAAAAUGGCCGUCUGAAGAAGAGAAAACUCUUGUUACAUACCCAAAGAAUGAAAACUUGGAAGCCAGCCAGUUUACCAGCACCCUCAGCACCGAGGCAUCGCUGAAUGAAAGCCCCACUGAUGGCAGUGAGAGAGACACCAGCCUAGAAAGCAGCGUGGAUGCUGACAGCGAGGCUUCUGAACCCGAGAACACUUCCAGGCAGUCUGUGCUGCUCCGGUCCAGUGGUGAUUCCUGCGGGCACGCAGAGCAGCACCCGCCCCUCCCACUGGCAAGCGACUUGCCACACACCAAGGAGACGCACGGUGGCGAUGAGGAAAUGGCGGAAGCGCUUGCUGAACUUCGUUUGAGCAGCACUGCAACUGGAAAUAGAGAUUUUAACAGGGAAAAACAGCCACUGAAUGUCCCAAAUAAUUUGUGUUUUUCAGAGGGAAAACAUAUGAGGCUUCACAGUGCCCAAAAUGCUUUUCAGACUCUUUCUCAGAGUUAUGUAACCACUUCGAAAGAAUGCUCAGUUCAGUCCUGUCUCUACCAGUUCACAUCCAUGGAGUUGUUGAUGGGCAACAACAAGCUGCUGUGUGAGGACUGUACCGAAAAGAAACGGAAGUGCCAAAAGGAAACCAGCUCUGCAGAAAAGAAAGCAGGAGGAGUUUACACUAAUGCUAGGAAGCAGCUACUCAUAUCUGCCGUUCCCGCUGUCCUGAUCCUUCAUCUCAAGAGAUUCCACCAGGCUGGCUUGAGUCUUCGUAAAGUAAACAGACAUGUAGACUUUCCACUUACCCUUGAUUUAGCUCCGUUCUGUGCUGCUACCUGUAAGAAUAUAGGUGUGGGGGAGAAGGUUCUCUAUGGUCUCUAUGGUAUAGUCGAGCACAGCGGCUCCAUGAGAGGAGGUCACUACACUGCCUACGUGAAAGUGCGAGUACCCUCCAGGAAGCUGUCCGAGUGCAUCACCGGAAGGAAGACUGCACCAGGUUUGAAAGAACCUGAUAGUGAAUUUGGAGGCCACUGGGUCCAUGUCAGCGACACUUACGUGCAGGUGGUUCCAGAAUCAAGAGCACUCAGUGCACAAGCUUAUCUCCUUUUUUAUGAGAGAAUAUUAUAAUAUCUGCUCAUUGUUAUUUAGUUCGUUUGUAUUUUAAUGCUGAAGUUGUAACCAUAAUAUGUAACGUGCCUUUGUAGUCUUUAGGAAUAGUGCACCCUUGCAGUGUUAUUUAACCUUUUCAACAUGUGGUGAAUCCUCUAGAGACAACUAAUUAACAUGACAGGCAGUGGUGGCGCAAGCCUUUAAUUCCAGCACUGGGGAGGCAGAGGCAGGCGGCUCUCUGUGAGUUUGAGGCCACCUAGGGCUAUUCAAUAAAACCUCGUCUUGGAAAAUUAAACAAAAAAUUCAUUAAUGCUUUCAAAUCUAUAUUCUUAAAUGUAAAAAACAUGUUUUAUGUUAAUUUUCAUGUCCAUGGAGAUUGCCACUCUCCACAUACACACACACACACAAACACACACGCACACACACACACGCACACGCACACACAAGUUGACAGUAGUAGAGCAAUCCCCUUUCCAGUGUGACUCCUCAUUGCAGACAUUCAGAGAUGAUGCUGAACUGGAUCUAUGAGACUAUUUCCUAGAUGCCACACAGCCUUCCCGGGGGAUGCAGUGUGUCCCAUGCUACACUGCUUACUUUUGGUUUUAGCUUUUACAAUCUUGGCCGUGUUUUGAAUCAUACUUCACAUUUUUAUGUGCUUGUUAUUUUUCUAAUAAACAUUGAUAUAUAAGCUUAUAACUAUGAAAGAAAAAUCGUCCAUCCUUGCACCACCCCACUUAAAAUCAUCUCAGGGCUUUGCAGUGGUGUGUGUGUUAGUCUAUGGGAAAAGUUUCUAGAACAGUCUGAACUAGUGCCUAAUGUAACAUAAUUAUUUUUUCAUAUUUUAUGUGACUCAGUAGUGUAAAAGGGAGCCAUUGUAAGUUUGGUAGUGUGAGUUUACAAGUAAUGAAUUGAUUCACUUAUUGCUCUGAAUAUUUGAAGGUAUUAGUUCAUAAACUAAUCAUUUGCAUUCUUUUAAAGAUAAUUUGCAAGUGAUUGGUUAAGGCCAAAAUAAAAAUAUAGAGAAUUGUAACACAUAGAACUGGCAAAUAGAAAUUGAUGGUCUAUAUAGGAACAUAGGAUACUUUAUAGUUUAAGGAUGCUUUGAACUAUAAACUACCAGAUUAUAUUUGUAAAUGGUAGAAAUCAUAUUCUUAUAAUUAACAGCAAAUAUAGUUCUUUUUUAUUUCUAUACAUUAGUAAAUAUUGAACAUGGUUUUGUCUUAUUUAAAAAUUCAAGUGGAUAGUUGGAGAUGUAGUUCAAUGGCCUGUGUAAGGCCCUGGUUCCAUCCCUAGCAACACAAACAAAAUACUUAGGUGGGCUUCGCUUUUACUUUAAUGGGGCCCAGAGCCGCUACUUCUGUUCCCCUUAAAUAAGUAGUAACACAGGAUAGUUUCUUCUUUUGGAAUUCAAAGGAUUGAACUGUGAAAACUUAGCAUGAAAAAUAUUACUACCAAGAUUUUAAAUAAUCAAUGAAGUGGUUCAUUGAUGCACAGUAUUGAAUCAGGAUGUAAGGGAACAGGUGCAAUGUCUUAGUCAUCAGUGCCUGUGUUUGAUUCUAUGGGCAAAUGUGAGGGAGAGAGGCUGUAAACUGUACAGGCCUUUAGCCAGGAUUGAACCUUCUUGACAUGUGUAACAUAAAGUCACCAAUGUUGCCUCUUGACAUGUGACUGGGAACUGAUUUGUCUAAUGGAGAGAUUUUAAAAUACCAUAGCACAAAUUCUAUUUUUAAGUUGUGGAGGAACUUCCAAUGGUAUUUUAAAAUUUUUUUAUUGAAGAUGGAGAAAUAUAUUUUAUCUAUAGAGCCCAGUUGUGUCCUCUAAAAAGAACUUUCCAGUGUCUGUUUCAUCAGACAUUCAGAGUUUAUUAAUCUAUUGAUAAAGAAGAAUCUAGCACCAAGAGUCUAGCACCAGAGCAAUGAGUUAGAAAAAUAAUUUAUUUGUUCAAGUUGGCCUCAGUCAUCGCAGUUGCCAACCCCCUGAAACAAAUGUAAACAGUCAACCUUUUUUUUCUUUCUCCUAGAAAAGAUACUAUUAAGAUGUAUACAAUCUAGGCAGGUUCCAGUACCUGGCAUAUGACAGUAUUUUAUCACCCUUUAAAAUAGACAAACCUGGCAAGUGGUGGUGGUGCAUGCCUUUAGAUUCAGCACUUGGGAGGCAGAGGCAGGUAGAUUUGAGUUCAAGUGUAGCCUGGUCCACAGAGUGAGUUCCAGGAAAGCCAAGGCUUCACAGAAAAACCCUGUCUCAAAAAACUUGAAGAAAAAAAAAAAAACCUAAAGUCUAUAUGAUUUUAUACAUUAUUCUAGUAGUGAUGUGCAAAUAAAAUGUUCAUUUAUUACCUAGUGCUGAGGAGAUUCUGAAAUGUAUUUUAUGACCUAAAGUUUGAGUGGUUUUUCUUGCCAUCUAAAAAUGGAGGGAAAUGGCUUGAUUUUGAUACCUAGGAAUUUCUUAUCAAGCUUAUGUAAUAGAUAAAAAUUACACAGGUCUACACUUAAAUUUUUGUUCUUCCUUUGAAGUUUUCCAAAGCACAUUUGUAGAAAUUUUAAAUUGUGAGGCUACUGUACUAACAAUAGUUUCCAGAUUACCUCAGGAAACAGUGCAAAUAAACAAGAAUGUUUACAGAUCAACAAAACUACUUAGUGUUUUGGCACAGUGAAUUUGAAAGGUAAAAGAGAGACUUUUUUUAUCUAGAAACUGGUUUACAGGGUACCUCUAUCCCCAAUUCUCCCCUGGCUUUCCUAUAUUUAAAAUGAUAAAAUUUUGAUGAUGUGCCAAUUAUGUGAAUGUUUAUGACAUAAACAAAUAUACAUCUAUAUUUAAGAUUUAUUGUUAAAUGUUUUAAAAAAUAAUAUGUAGACUGCUUAUUUAAGUGGCCAAGGAGAUGAUCAUUGUAUCAACUCAGAGUCAUAUAUCAACAGAGCUAUUUUGCCAUAUUUAAUAAUUCUUAGUUUGCAUGUGUGAUUAAUUAGUGAUUUUUUUGAAAUAGUUGAAUAAAAUUUCCUGAAGAUUUAGCGCAUCAAAUUUUUGUAGUACAAAAUCACAUCCUGCCUACUUUCAUGAACUUCAUACUCAGCUUAUUUUUCUGCAUGACAUCUUGUCAAAUAAACCUAAACCAAAUAUGUGCAAUAAAAUCAAGCUUUCAGAUAGCAUCCAUUGCAUUAUUAGAGAAAUGAUUUCUGUGUUAAAAUGCUUUUGUUCAUGUAGAAAUCAUCAAUUCAAAUGUAUUUAAAAGAUGGUUAUUUUCAGGUAUCAAUAAUAAAUUAAUAGUAUCAUUCCUUCUCUUAUCCAAUUUUACAGUAUUUUAAGAAUAUCUGUAUAACUUUAUGAGCAUUAUUUGGUCAUUGCUGUAUGUAUAAACAUCAUAAUAAAUAUUAAAUUCUUAUGUCAACAGAUCAGGCCUAGAGUUUCUGCAUUAUACAUUAUUGACAAAAUGUUAAUAAACAUUGUGUUCAUGUC